GUUGACAGUGAGUUGUACACCAGCACAGCUUUAGUGAAGGUAGUCAAAUAACCUUUCAUUCGGUGCAUGUUUGUUUUGUUUGAUCGCUAUCAGAUUUCAGUUACCAAUAUCUGUAGCUUACAGAUUUGUUUUCACGUACAGCUGGUCUGUAGAUUGAAGGAUGGAGACCAGUGGAAAACCCUCGACAGCACAGAUUGUGUUGCUGGCCACUAGCUCGGCUCUGACUGCCGUCUUAUACACCAUAUACAAGAGGAAGUCGAGCCAUGUAGCGAAGUUACGGGAUGCCAAGAAGAUGCCGUUAAAUCCAAAUCUCAAAACUAUCCUUGAUGAAGCUCCAGGAAAAUGUGUUCCUUAUGCAGUGAUUGAAGGUGUUGUGCGCUCAGUGAAGGAGACCUUGAACAGUCAGUUUGUAGGCAACUGUAAAGGAGUUAUUGAGAGGUUAACCCUAAAAGAGAAGAAGAUGGUGUGGAAUCGAACAACACAUAUAUGGAAUGACUGUGAAAAGGUCAUCCACCAACGCACCAACACCGUGCCCUUUGACCUCGCCCCGCACGACGACACCAUUCCCACAACAGUGCGCGUGGUCCGGCCGCUCGACGCCGCCGAGCUGGAUCUGGAGACCACCUACGAGAACUUUCACCCUUCUCAGCAGUCUCUGACCAACGUCAUCGGGCACUUCAUCAGCGGCGAGCGCCCGCAAGGCAUCCAGGAGACCGAAGAAAUGCUGCGUCUGGGUGCCAGCAUGACAGGAGUAGGUGAGCUGGUGCUGGACAACAACCUGGUUCGUCUUCAACCCCCUAAACAGGGCCUGCGCUACUUCCUCAGCCGGCUGGACCACGACACGCUCCUGAACAAGCAAGAGGGUCGCCUGCGCGUCUGGAGGGUCUUGACGGUGCUGUUUGGUCUGACCGCCUGCGCCACGCUCUUCUACCUGCUGUGGCGGCAGUACGUGCUGCGGAAGGAGCGCAGGAAAGAGCGCAGCCUGCUGGACGAGUACAGGAAGUGGCAGAGCAAGCGUUUGCAGGAGCUCCACCUGGCCGAGGAGGAUCUGUCGCCUACCUCAUGCACAAUAUGCUUGAAUCGUGAGCGCUCGUGCGUGUUUCUGGAGUGCGGUCACGUGUGUGCCUGUGAGGAGUGCUACAGGGCCCUGCCCGAGCCCAAGAAGUGUCCCAUCUGUAGGGCUACGAUAGACAGGAUUGUCCCUCUGUAUAACAGCUAGAGGCCUGAUUAUAAAUACGUAGUAUGCAAUUACUUUGAAACGAGGCACUUUGGGUGUGAGCACUGCGUUCCAUGCCGUGUCAUAUCAGCUACUAUAAUCCAAAUAGAACAUUCUUCCAGUUUAAGUUGUUUUUUUUUGUGUGUGUUUUAUUGAUUGAUCACACUGUUGACAAUCUCCCGCUUGUGGCUGCGUGAACUGAAAUUAAAUACCAGUUAUUAUUUCGUCCCAAAUCAAAACAAAAAAAUGAUAAAGAACAUUUUCUUUAAUAAAAAAUUUAAAUCAG